UAUGUAUCUCAUAGUUACAAUUGUGGCCUAAGCCACUCGUAGAUGUCUUGUUGUCAAAAUAUUCUCAUUGUAAAUAGUAUCACGCCACCGGUUGAACUUUAUCAUCAAAUCAUCAGAACAAUGGAGUGCUUUCUAAUUCUUGCAAUAAUUUUCGGUAUUAUGUCCAAUACUUGGGCACAUGACACAAAACAAGGUGAAGAAAACUUGCCGGAUCCCACAUUGGUCACUGCAGCUACUUACACAUUGAGACAAGUUUGUCCAUGGGGUUCAGCUGGCGCACUUGUAGCUGUCGGACUGACUAAAGCUGGAAAUGAAGGAGUGAAAACAUACCAAGAGACCCAUGAUUUGACACAAUCACUAACGACGGCAGCAGUAUAUGGAAUCCAAUGCACUUCCUCGUUCAUAAAAUCUACCAAGAGUACAGCUGUUGGUGCGGUUAAUGUGAUACAAGAUAUUCAGGAUGGAAAAGAUGCAAGAGCUGCACUUGAAGAUCGGACUCGAGAAUUAACCACUUAUCUGAAAGAAGAACUUACACAGAAUCCAAAUGGAAAAUUGGCUAAUGCAAUCAUUACAGGGACCAAUGUUGCGUUAUGUCUAACCGUUGGACCAGUUCAAGCUUGGGUGACAGCUUCAUUGUUCAAGGCUAUGUCUGACGGCAUGGCAAAAUACAAAGAAACGAAUAAUGUAAAAGACGCUGCAAAGUUAGCCGCAUUGUCAGGCUAUAACAGUACUUCGGAUCUUAUGAGAAAGGUUUGCGGUUUGAUUUCUAGUACAAGUGGCUUCGCAAAAGAUCUUACUGCUGGAAAACAUCCAAAAGAUGCAUUCUUGGAACGAGGAAAUCAAGCCAUUAAAAGUGUUAUGAGGAAGCCGAAAAGUAGCUUAGGACAAUGAGUCUGUUAAAAAUCGAGCAGAAUUUCGUUGACUGUCUUUAAAACUGAAAUUCUAAUUAUUCACUAGUUAAAAUGUUUAUCAAAAUUGAAUAAAUGAUUUUGCUGUUAUUCAUUAAUUUGAAGAUAUUA